CCAUAGGUGUGGAGGGUCGGGGGACGCUGCCUGCUCGGCCACCCCAACUGUCAUUGCUGCCUCCCGUCAGGUGCCAAACCAGGGCCCUGCCUGACACCAAGUUCUCUGUUGAGCGAGUCCAGCCUUGUCAGGCUAUGUUGGAGACUGACCUGGCUGACUGGUCUCCCCUCCUCUUCCGAAAAGAUCAACAAGGCCCUGCAAGCCUUGACUGGGUGUCGCCCUGUGGGAACCGAGUAGGGGUCCCAGUCCAGAAGAGUCUAAGUAGCCGGCAGUGCUUCGUGGCCUGCUUUUCUGAGCACUUGCUCAUGGAGGAGGGACUGGGAGGGUCCUGGUGUGUGCGGUGGGGAGAGCUCGGGGUGGGUGUGGGGCCUGUUUGCUGACCUGCAGUUCUUCCUCCCAGCCAGGCUAGGGUUAGGGCUGCCCACCCCUGUCCUUGCAGCACUGGGGUCUUCCCAGCACACAGAUGGGACUCGCCCACGCUCUCCCAGUUCCCCACAAGUGCUCCCAGGGUAGCCAGCUCGCUCCACUCGGGCCACGUGGCUGAGAAGCCAACCCAGGCCCUCCUCCAAGCCCAGGUGGUGUGAGGCCUCAAGGUUCUAGUGAUGCCAUGGCCUCGGAUGCCCCAGAACAGCACCAAGUAAGGGGCAGCCAGACUCCAGGCCCACAGUCUCCCAGCCCAGCCCCUGGCUUGCCCACUCUCACCACCUGCCCGGGCCACUGCGCACUCCUGCACCCGCCUGCCCACCCUCCCUGGACUCUUCCCAGCCGGUGCCUGAGUCUAUCAGCAGACAUGCCUGUCCACAGCUGGCUCCUGGUGGCUCCGGGGGGCUGGGAGGCUGCUCUGGCAGUGACUUGGAGACCCAUGGGCUGCCAACCGCCCUUCACCCCAGCCAUGUGGGGUCAUCCCCUACUCUUGCCCUCGGUUCUUUGCCUUCAGGCCCCUGGUGCCAGCACCUCUGCCCUGGGUCCAAGUGUGUGUUAGGGUUAGGGACAGGGACAGCAGUGAGGAGCACACAGCACAGGCCUGGGUGUGGGGCGAGGCCCUUCCUCCUCUGCUGCUGGCUCUCUUACCUCUGCGUAGAUAAGGGGCAGGGCUGAGACUUGAGCCCUGGGGCAUUGGAGCCAUGAGCUACCCCAGGUUAGGGCCAGGGAGGCUCAGCAGAUGCAGGGCAGGGAUUUGGACGACUUUCUGCCCUGGGGGUGGGGUGUGGUUGUAGGGAGGUGUCCUCAUAGGGGGUGAGUGUGUGCAGGCUCUGCAGGCUCUGGGGUCAGGGUCCAAGCCCCUGUGUCCACCCAAAUCUUAGCAGAAAUGUGCUAUAGCCCCUAAUGCCUGCUGUAUGCCCCACACCCAAACCCCAGCCUCCUGAGGGCCGGGCUGCCUCUCCCAGGCCCAGACAUGGGACCUUUGCCCCCAAGACCAGAGGGCAGGGGCCGGGUGGGCAGGCAGUCUGAACCUUCGGGAUCCCAACCCUUCUCUUCAGGUACAGCACUCCAGCCAUGUCGCCGCAUCCCCUCCAGCCAGGAGCCACCCUUCCCGAUGAUACACCCUCUACAGGCUCCCGAGGCACCUCCUCCAAGAAGGGUUCCUGUACCCACAGUGCUGAACCUCCUGCAGCCCCAGCAGUCUCUGGUCCUCAGCUCUUCUGUCCCUCCAGCUAGGCUGUGGGGUGGGGGUCCUUACAGCGGAGGCCUGCCUACCUUGGGGUCUGGUCAGGGAGUGGAGUUAGGUCCAAGUUGCAUGGGCCCAGAGCCCAAUGCCUGGGUUGAGGAUAGGAAACAGGAGGGAUGCUCCUGCCAGGCCUGGAGGCCAGUCUGUGUCUCAGCUGGGUGCAGGCCUGGACCCUUCACAGGGGUGCCUGUGUCUGGCUCAGAGCAGCUUGUGAUAGAGCCCCAGGACACUGGCUGGGGUCAUGGACCAAGCACCAGGAAAGAGGGUGGGAGGGAGCUGAGGGCAGGGCAUUGAUCCUGGGGCCUGGGACCCAGGAGUCCCUUUCUGGGCCUUGGUUUCCCUCUCACUGCCUAGGCCUGUGUUCAGACCUGCCCAGGAGGCAGCAGAGGUUACGCUAAGCAGAGGCAUCUGUGGGAAGCAGCUGUCCUGGCAGGUGUUGGGGGCUCAGGCAAGAAGUACUGCCUCUGGCGAGUGUGCCCAGUGGGGCCAGGAUGUGCCAGGCGUGCCCAAGACCCCACCCACCCCAGGGUGCUGACCCCAGGGCCCAGGGACUUGGUGGCUCACAGUUGUUUCACCCAUGGGGCAGUUAGCCCCUACCUUGCCUAGGGCUUCCAUGAGCCCUAGAGGGUGGCAGAAGCCUGUCCCCACCAUAGAGGGAACCCCGAGGGGGGGGCAUGUCAGGCCUUGGGUGCUGGGUGGACCCUGGGUUCUGUGUCCCAGAGGUGAGAAGCCUCUGUGGUCUGUGCUGGGGAAGAUGGGAAGACGUCUGGGAGGGAAGGCCUGACCAAGCCUGGAUAAAGAAGUGGGUAGAUUGGGAUCUGUGCACACGGCAAGCAUCUGGUGGGGGCUGGUGUGAGCAGAGGCGUGGGGGUUGGAAUGCUGGUGCUGGCUCCAAGGUGGACAGGGUCCUAUGAGAUGGACCAGGGGGCCCCAGGUCAGGCCAUGAUCCACGCCUGGCCUCCCCUCUUCCUCUGGUUCCCCAAGCUCCUCCCCACAGCCACUGGGCCCAGGGAUCUUGGGAGCCAGCUAUGUUGGGGGGGCAUCCAGCAGGACCCCUGCACUGCUGGGUGGCUGUGGGCAGGUCCCUAGCCAUCUGUUCUGGAACAGUGGAGGAUCUGGGAUCAGCACCUUCCACUAUGGCUGCGGCUGCCAGCCCCUCACCCAGGGUGACUACCAGAGCCCAGUUGGCCCCGGGACUCAGAGGGUCCAGGCCAGACCCCACAGUUCCCUUCCUUCCAGGGGCACAUCUGAGUCAGGCCAGGCAGAGUCCCAAGGCAGCGUCCCAGCCUCUCCCAGUGGUUCCUGGCAGUCCCGAGCUCCCUUCUCCAGGCAGGGAUGGGGUGGAGCCAGGGGAUACCAUAGUGACAAGCUCACCUGCUUUCUCAGUCUCAAAACAACUGCUUCCUGGUUUCAUUUUUAGCUCUGGGUGGGGAUGGACCCUGACCUUCAAACAGGCCAGAUGGUGGCGGCUACAGGGCUGAAUGUGGGCACCUGGGGCCUGAGCACCUCAGCAGCAGGAGUCCAGAUCUCCCCAUUCACCCUGGGAAGCCCAGACAGUGGCCCAGGGUCAUGUGGCAGAAACUUCAAUGCUCUCACGAAGGAAAACAUUUAUGAAAACAAUAAACUGGCCUUCCGUGUGGCGGAGGAGCACCUGGGCAUCCCAGCCUUGCUGGAUGCCGAGGACAUGGUAGCCCUGAAGGUGCCCGACCGGCUGAGCAUCCUGACCUACGUGUCCCAGUACUACAACUACUUCCACGGCCGCUCCCCCAUUGGGGGCAUGGCAGGCGUGAAGAGGGCCUUGGAGGACUCCGAGGAGGAGCCGUCAGGGAAGAAGGCUCCAGCCCACUCGGCCAAGCUACCCUCACCCUCCCCAGCCCAGAAGCCUCCACUGUCUCCAGCCCAGACAAACUCUGUGGUCCAGAGGAGGAAUGGGGUCACAGAGGGCCCGCCCUCCAAGACUGGCCAGGCAUUGGCCGGCAGCUCGGUCAGCAGCACCUGUGGGGUCUGCGGCAAGCACGUCCACCUGGUGCAGCGGCACCUGGCGGACGGGAGGCUCUACCAUCGAAGCUGCUUCAGGUGCAAGCAGUGUUCCUGCACGCUGCAUUCGGGGGCCUACAAGGCCACAGGAGAGCCAGGCGCCUUUGUCUGCACCAGCCACCAUCCCAAGGCUGCCUCUGCAAGCCCCAAGUUGCCGGGUCUGGCCCCCAGAAGGCCAGGGGCCAUGCCUGUAGAUUCCAGAACCCCCUGUUCCCCACAGAAGGCCCAGGAGGCGAACACGCCCAAGGCCAUACCACCAGCCCAGGAGCCUGCUGUGCAGAACCCGCCUGCCAGGGCUUCUGUUCCGGCUGCACCCAACCCUUUAGCCGCUAGCGCUGCACCUAUCCACAUGAGGAGCCCGGCCAGGCCCUCUGAGAGCCACCUGGCCCCUACACCCAUGGAGGGCAAAGUCCACACUCGUGUGACCAACAGCUCUCCGAUGGGCUGGUCGUCAGCUGCCCAGCGCACAGCAGUGGCUGCCUCCCGUCCUGCUGUGCCCUCAAGUGCCCCAGACCCUCACCCGGCCACGCCUCGGGGUGGGGAAACCCCCCGAGUGGCAGCUUCUCAAAUCACACUUGGUUCAAGCUCCAUGUCUGCAGCCCCGGUGGACCCACCAGCCUGGACCCUGUCGGCCUCGAGGACCCAGCAGGCCCGGAAUAAGUUCUUCCAGACACCAGCAGUGUCCCGCAGCACCAGCCUUGCUGGCAGGGGUCCCGCUCCGUCGUCACUUGCUCCAUCCAGGGACAGCGGCAAGGAGCAGGCGCGGAGCUUUCUCAGUAAGGCGCUGGAAGAGGCUGGUGCUCCAGCACCUGGCAGGUCCUCCAUAGCCACCGCCCCUGCUCCCAGUUCUCAGCCUAAAAUCAAAGCUCCACAAGCAAGUCCCUUAGCCAAGCCGUCACAGUCCGCAUCUCCCCAGCCCCUUGGCCCCCCUUUGAGGAUGGAACUACCAGCCCCCCUGAGCAUGGGAAGCUCCGCUCGGGCACCUGCAUUGCCCUCAGCAGGCAGGAGGAGCUUGGCUGAAUCCUUGGGGGUCAGCAGGGUGGGUUCUGGCUCCAGGCUGAAGCCAGAGGCCCCAAUGGCAAAGGACCUGAGCAACAGCAGCCAGGAAGGCAAGGAGGAUGGGCCGGCAGGGUGGAGAGCGAACCUGAAGCCUGUGGAUGGAAGAAACCCAGCUGAGAGGACUCUGAAGCCCAAGGAGCCACAUGCCCUGGCAGAGCCGAGGGCGGGGGAGGCCCCCAGGAAGGUCUCAGGUAGCUUCGUGGGGAGCGUGCACAUCACCCUGACCCCCGUGAGGCCUGACAGGACGCCGAGCCCAGCCAGCCCAGGACCCAGCCUCCUAGCCAGGUCCCCCUCCCCACCUUGCCGCAGGAAACUGGCCGUCCCUGCCAGCCUCCACGUUUCUGACAACUGGCUUCACUCGGAGCCGCCUGGAGAGGAAGCCCCAGUGCAGAGCUGGAAGGAGGAAGAGAAGAAACCCCAUCCUCAGGGCAAACCAGGGAGACCUUUGUGCUCAGUCAAUGUUCUUGCUCCACUUGGCGAGACGGCGACCUCCCCGGUCAGGCUGCACCCCGACUACCUCCCCCCGGAGGAGAUCCAGAGGCAGCUGCAGGACAUUGAGAGGCAGCUGGACACCCUGGAGCUUCGUGGUGUGGAGCUGGAGAAGCGGCUGCGGGCAGCUGAGGGAGAUAACACUGAAGAUGGCCUCAUGGUGGACUGGUUCUGGCUCAUUCACAAGAAGCAGCUUCUGCUGAGACAGGAGUCAGAGCUGAUGUACAAGUCCAAGGCACAGCGUCUGGAGGAGCAGCAGCAGGACAUCGAGGGGGAGCUGCGCCGGCUCAUGGCCAAGCCCGAGGCUCUGAAGUCACCCCAGGAGCGGCGUCGGGAGCAGGAGCUGCUGGAGCGGUAUGUGAGCACCGUGAAUGAUCGCAGUGACAUCGUGGACUCGCUGGACGAGGACCGGCUCCGUAGAGACAGGGUUUCACCAUGUUGGCCAGGCUGGUCUCAAAUUCCUGACUUCGUGAUCCACCCACCUUGGCCUCCUAAAGUGGUGGGAUUACAGGGAACAAGAAGAAGACCAGAUGCUGCAGGACAUGAUUGAGAAGCUGGACCUCCAGAGGAAGAAGUCCAAGUUCCGCUUGUCCAAGAUCUGGUCAUCAAAAAGCAAAAGCAGCACGUCCCAGUGAGUGGCCCAUGGGGCUGUGGGCUGGCCCAGACCCAGCACUGGGACAUGGACUCAGGAAGGGGCCUCCUGUCCCCGCAAGGGGCACGUGGACAGCAGGGACCUGUGCUACGGUCUGUGGCCUCAAUAAAGAAACUGACCACAUGG